AUGCCUAGUCAUUACGAAAACUAUCUCGCCGACGAUCGAAUCCAUCGACCUGCUGGAAAUCCUGAGAGCAUUAUGGAUAACCCCAUAUCGCUCACUUACCCUAGAGGAGACUCCUCGCACCAGCGAUCUGGCAAUUUCCACAGACGGUACCAUAUCUCAUCCCACAAUCCAUAUGACCCUCCACCUCGCUAUUCUGCUCCCGAUCGUGCCGUCGCAGACAUACUGGCAGAUUUGGCACGUGCCCCAGGAGAAAGAAUCAGGGGCGGAUUCUCGUCCUACAACCACGGCGAUGAGGAAAGACUCCCGUACCCUUCAUCCCAAGACGGAGGCGAUAGGGACUGGGCGGGCGAAUGCUACCACACACCUAUAGGAGAUCACAGUGUGAGACCUCAAGACUGUCGCACUGUGGCAACCGCCUGUAACUAUGGUCGUGGCCUACGACCGAAUCGAGCUCCAUUUGGAGAAUACGAUGACAUGCCCUACGAGCUUCGCUGUGCUUUCGAGGAACCGCAUUUGCACUGGGAUCGUAUCACCGCGGAAAUUCAAAAUCUUGUGCAGGCUGGAGACUGGCGGCGUCUGCGAGAACUCCACCAUGCGGCGGUCUACUGGGAUGAACGGCACCCGGUACCACAAGAGAGUCGUCGCAUAAGCGAAUGGCGGCGACUCAUGAGUGGCCGGGAUACUGCCAUUCCCGACGAAAAUACUUCCCGAAGGCGCCCGCGAGUCCACGAGCCUCCGCGGUACACUAGUUCGCUGCCUAACUGGCAGACGAUUUGGGGCGACGAGGCGGAUGAAGGGGAUGUUGACGAUGAAGUUUAUGAGGAGGACGAGGAAGAGGUGAGAGAAAACCAGCCGUCCCGAUUUGGACGAGCACAUGUUGAGAGGCUCGUGAGCCUGAGCCGCGGAUGA